AUGACGGGGUGCCGAAGGCAUCACUCUCGUCGGAUGAUGACAGGGUGCCGAAGGCAUCUCUCUUGUCAAAUGAUGACAGGGUGCCGAAGGCAUCGCUUGUCAAAUGAUGACGGGGUGCCGAAGGCAUCGCUCUCGUCUAAUGAUGACAGGGUGCCGAAGGCAUCGCUAUGUCAAAUGAUGACGGGGUGCCGAAGGCAUCGCUCUCGUCUUGUAGAACAAGCUUUCCAAUCGUUAUUGCUGACGGCUAACAAUCUUGGGUUUUUUUCUUUUGUUUUGGGUUGUGUCGGCGUGAACAUCAAGUGCCAUAAGUGGGCCUUUGAGAUUUAG